AUCAUUCGCAGAAUAUCCACACACUUGUGAAGAUGUACAAAUUGCUUGGUUUGAUUGCUUUGGCAGCCUUGGGGGCCUUUCCAAUCGCUUGGAUCCAGGCAGACUGUAAUGUGUGCCAAUCAAAUGGAGCCUCCUGCAUCAACCAGACCGCAUACAAUUUGUGCUUCGGCGGCUCUCAGCCGAAUACCAACCAGACCUUUGUCUGCACGGAUGGCCUGGUGUGCACGGACGAGCCUGUGAUCUGUUUCCAGAGGAGCGAGACUCCCGCCAGCUGUGGCGAUACGGAUAGCUGUGGCCAGUGUGCUCCCAAUUACACAUUCGCCUGCACCUCGCGCUCCACAUUCGCCUUCUGCUUUGGCGCCAUAACGCCCACAAAUGUGACCGGAAGCUGCCCGGAUGGUUACUUCUGCGACGCCUCAACUCAGGAGAUCUGCGUCACUAAGGCCACUGAUGACUCCAUCAUCUGCCACUUGAAUUAACCUUGGUAUUUACAUGGAGUAAGAAGCAUAUACAUACUUGCUUUUGCUUAAUAAUAUUAUUCUUUUGUAACGAAUUUAUAAAUGUUAUGUCAAAUAUAAUCAUUGCUUCAAUUUGGUAAUAAAUAUAAAUUCUUUGUGCGUAAA